AUGGGACGUUACUCCAAGGACAAACGCGAUAUCUAUUAUCGAAAGGCAAAGGAAGUCGGGUAUCGUGCAAGAUCUGCCUUUAAACUCCUUCAGAUCAACGAGGAGUAUCACAUUUUUGAUCAAGUCUCGCGUGCCGUCGACUUAUGCGCUGCCCCAGGUAGUUGGAGUCAAGUACUGAGCCGGGAGCUGUAUAAGCCGGAAAAGAAGGAUGUGAAAAUAGUGGCCGUCGAUUUGCAGGAAAUGGCACCCAUCGAAGGUGUAAUUCAGAUCCAGGGCGAUAUUACGAGCAAGAAGACUGCAGAUGAGAUCAUUAACCAUUUUGAAGGAAAGAAAGCUCAAUUGGUGAUUUGUGAUGGUGCUCCAGAUGUCACUGGCUUGCAUGAUAUGGAUGUAUAUGUACAGAGUCAACUUCUUUUAUCUGCGCUAAGCAUCACAGCGCAAGUUUUGUGUGACGGAGGUACGUUUAUUGCCAAAAUCUUCCGCGGACGCGAUGUGACGCUUCUCUUUGCGCAGCUUCGCGUCUUCUUCUCGGAAGUGGCGUGCUGCAAACCGAAAUCAAGCCGGAAUUCUUCGAUGGAGGCUUUUGUGGUGUGUCGCGAUUUUUCGAUUCCCGAAGGGUUCGAUGUGAAUCAGUUUGCUCUGUGCCUCUCUGGACAGUACAAAAACGUUCCUUUUCCUAACAAAGUCAACGCGGAAAUCGUGCCGUUCUUGGCAUGCGGUGAUCUGUGCGGAUACGACAGCGACAAGAGUUAUCCUUUACAGCUGGGAGAAGACGAAGAGGAGUUCGUCUAUCAUGAGCCUGUGCAGAAGCCUAUUCAUCCAGCCUAUUCAGAAUACUUGAAUAUGAAACGAAAAUGUGUCGAUUGA